CUCUCGCCUCUACGACACUCGCGCGACACUUCUUUCGUCGCUUAUCCCACAACCUAUAUCUUCACCGCUCGAGGCCUUUACCACAGUCGCGUCAACCGUGGAUCGACUUGCAACCCGACCUACACCCGUUGUCCGCUUCAAACCCAUCGCUGACUAGCACGAGCGGUGUUUUUUUCCUCGGGCGAGCGUAUGCAAUAGUAUCGCGUGUUCGACGUCGAUAUCCACGUCGUGGAUGGUCGACAUUAGGAAGACAUGAUGAGUAUGGGACCUUCUUUCGCUGGCCAUCCGGCCGGUAUGCACCAACACCCAGGUGUACCCGGCCAUCCUAUGGCACCCGGUAUGCCUCAUAAUCCAAAUCAACCAGGUGCGCCCGCCGGAGCUGGCAUGCCUCAACAAAUGCAUAUGGCCGUCUCGGGUCCUGGGGGACAAGUAAAUCCUGCGGCCUUGAUGGGCGGCAUGCCGCCUGGCGCCGCUGGGCCUAAUGCCCAUGCCCUCCAGCACCUGAAUCCUGCACAGAACCCGAUGUUCCAGCAGGGCCCAUUCGCCAACUUCGCUGGUAAUCCUGCCAUGGCCCAACUACAACAGCAAAGAUUUAUCCAACAGCAACAACAAAGCCGACAACAGUUCCUGGCUCAACAAGCUGCUUUCGGCGCCAAUAUGCAAGUUGGUGUUAACGGCAUGCCUAUGGGUGUUCCGAUGAACCAGGCUCAGCUUGCAGCCAUGCGACAAGCCAGAAUGCAGCAGCCGCAUGCCCACCACAACCAAGCAAUGCUUGCUCAUCAGCUCGCGCUCCAACAGCAACAGCAGGCCGCCCAGCAAAACCAACAAAUGCAACAUCAGAGCGGCCAGCCAGGCCAGCCGGUGCAGAUAAGCCCGCAGCAAUUGCAGAAUCUCCAGCAGGCCCAGCUGGCCAUGCAGGCUCAGCAACAGGCCCAGCAGCCCCAAGGCCAGCCCCAGCAGCCACAACAGCAAGGAGGGCCACAACCGCAACAGACGCCGCAGCCGCAGCCGCAGCCGUCGCAACCUACCAAUCCGCAAUCCGCCGGCCACCCUACCCCGUCCCAAACGCCUGGUCCCCAGCCAAACCAGCAACCUCAGCCUCCUCAACCACCGAACCAGCCCCAAGGUCCUCAGCAACACGGCCCACAACCUCAGCAGCAACAGCAGCAGCAGCAGCAGCCGCCGCAAGGCCAGCCAUCUCAACCGCAGCAGCCGCAGCCUCCCCAGCAACACCCGCAACAGCAUCACCAGCAGCAUCCGCACCAAAUGAGUCAGGCCCAGCAGGCCGCUUUCGCUACAAGGAUGGCCCUGGCGCAGCAACGAAGGGAGACGAUGAAGGGAAACUGUUUGCUGAAGCUCAUGCAAUUCAGCGAGUCUCUGAGCGACUUUCCGGGCUCGAAGGGCAAGGAUGACUUGUCGUAUUGGAACAACUUCGUCGCCCAAUUCUUCUCUCCGAGAGGCGUUUUCAGACACUCCGUCCAUAUUACCGACGUCGAAGACCAGACCGAUAAGCAAUACGAGAUCACCUACCCGGCCCUGGCCCGAUACUUCCACACGCACUUUGACAGCGGUGUCAAGAAUAUGCAAUUAAUCAUGGAGAAGGGUACUACGGACCGGUCACUUCCGUCUCAUAACCAGUGGAUAGAAAACACAAGAUCCAGUUGGAUCUAUUGGUUUGAAGGAGGCUCUCAUCUCGUCGCAACGGGUACGGUUCGCGCCCAUUUCGACAACGACCAGAAAAUUGAGCUUUUCGAAUUCAUCACCAGCGGCCAUGAAGAGUACAUUUCUCGGAGAGCGGUCAUUGAAGCAGCGAAGCCCGCACACAACUGGGCCAAGGAAUGGCAUAGGGUCAACUCGCAGGACACCAAGGCCUCGCCCGAGAUGAGCAAGAAGGGCAAAGCUCGCCCGAUGAAGUCGCCGCAGAACCCGCCGCCCGAUGCUUUGGUGGACCUACCAGAAUCCGCGGUAAAAAAGAGCAUGGGCAUUACUGAGGCGGUGUUCCAAUUUCUCGAGAUCGUGGAAGUAAUGGGCCAGAUGAACCCUCUCUUCGGGUUUUACCACAGCCAUCCCGGGCUGAGUCCUUAUGCGGCGCUUGAGCAGUACGUCAACCAGAUUAACCAUCACCAACAGCAGGCCAUGAACGCGCAAGCCAUGAACGCGCAGGCAAUGAACGCGCAAGCCAUGAACGCGCAGGCCAUGAACGCGCAGGCUAUGCAGGCCCAGGCUUUGCAGGCCCAGGCUAUGCAGCAAGGCCCUAGAACACCCAGUUUCGGCCAGUUCCCCGUGCCCGGCGUACAGCAGAUGGGCGCGAGUCCUGCUCAGCAGAAUAUGCAGCUCCCUGGCUCGCCUCACCUAAUGGGCAGCCCUGCUAUGGGCCACAUGCAAGCACCCGGGAUGCAAGUACAGCAGAGCCAGCAAGGCACCAAUUCGAGCGGCCCGAGUGCCAACAACUCUCCGGCCUCGAACAAGAGGAGACGACCGUCCACCGUCAAAGCGGAAGAGGAUGCAUCGUCCGCACCAACUCCGGGAGCCGGCGCGGGCGGCGGACAAGUCAAUGGCGUCCAGAACAAGGGCAAACCGCCGACUCCGAGGAUGCCGAAGAGAGUCAAGACCAACCCACCCGCGGCCUAAAGCCGGCUUUUUUUUUUUUUUUUUUUUUUUUACCUCGACAUCGCUUUCGAAAAAACACGCGUCAGUGGUUACUUGCAGGCUUGUGGCCCAUUUCGUCAUGCAUUUGACGUCACCGCUAUGUCCGCACGUUGGGCGUUCUCUAUCCUCGUCGUCUUCCAUCAACGGUUUUUUUUCUACGCGUUCCUUGCGUUGGCUCGACACAGCUGAUGCCCUUCCUGACGGCUACUGGGAGAGACUGGGAGUUGGUGUUGGCGGCACCAUAUUCGUUAAACGUCUCUUUGGUUUUGGUUAUGG